AUGGAAGGAUCAGGCCCGCGCCAAACUGGACGUGCAGAUUCUCAACGACAGGACAAUUUUUUAAAUAUCGAACGAGGGAAAGACCAAGAUAAUCAGCGAGAGGGCAGCGUGAACACCUCUCACAUGAGUAAAAGCCACUCAAAAGGGAAGGAUCAUGCAUCCCAUAAGCAAAAUGAUCGAAAGGCUUUACAACAAGAGGUUGAUGAUUUGAAGAAAAAGCUGCGCCUAGCACAGCAGAAACGUACUUCACCCGGCUCGGGCACUAGCAGUGACGAGGAUAACGAAUACCGGCAAAGAUCAAGAACCCUUCCGAACGAGACCUUUUCCUACGAGGAAGAGAGGCCUCGUAAACGCAGCCACAAAAGCCCAUCUUACCAAGGCCUGGCCAACGAUGCCAUGAGUAAAGCCCUGGAUCGCAUUUCCCAGUCGCCGUUUACACGUAGAAUAGAGAGUGCAGUGCUUCCUCAACGGUUCCAUCAACCAACGUUUGCUAUAUACAAUGGUCGGACCGACCUAGUGGAGCAUGUAAGCCAAUUCAAUCAGAGGAUGGCCGUCCAUACCAGGGAUGAGGCGUUAAUGUGUAAGAUAUUCCCAUCUAGCUUGGGACCCAUGGCGAUGAGAUGGUUCGAUGCCCUCCAGCCGAAUUCUAUAGAUUCCUUUAAACAGCUGACGCAGGCUUUUGGUUUCCGUUUCAUCAUCAGCACUAGAGUCCCUCGGCCCCUCGAUUCCCUCUUAUCCUUGUCCAUGUGGGAAGGAGAGACGCUGAAGGCCUACUCGGAUAGAUACUGGGAAAUGUAUAACGAGAUAGAGGGGAAUUAUGAUGACGUCGCCAUCAAGCAGUCCGGAUCUACUGGGGCUCAGGCAGUCCAUGCUGUGUUCCGAGAACCUCUUCACAAAAUCCUAGAGAAGGUGAAGUAUGAGCCUUUCUUUCAGUGGCCGAACAAGAUGGCUGGCGACCUUUUGAACCGUAAUCGGAACCUGUAUUGCGCGUACCACCAGGAGCCAGGUCACACUACUGAUGAUUGCAGGAACCUGAAGAACUAUUUAGACCGGCUCGUCCGAGAAGGAAAGCUGAGACAUCCGCUGCAUCGCCCUGAAGGAUGGCAAGAACCAUCAAACAAUGAAACCAGACAAAAUACGUUGAUGCCACCCAUUGGCACAAUUAAUGUCAUUCUCGCCGCACCUGGAAGGACAGGCUCUGUCCCCUUCAGGGUAAUGUCAGUGAGCAGUUUCCUGACUGAGCCAGAUGACAGGGAAUCCAAAAGAGCUAGAAUGAGCACCACGCCAUUAAUCGGGUUCACGGAGGAAGACAAACAAGGAACUAUCCAACCCCACGACGAUGCCUUAGUCGUUACGCUCAGAAUAGGAGGUUAUGACGUGAAAAGGGUGUUAGUUGAUCAGGUCAGCGCCGUGGAGGUAAUGUACCCUGAUUUGUAUAAGGGACUGAACUUGAAGCAGGAAGACCUGUCGCCAUACGAUUCCCCCCUGGUUAGCUUUGAAGGAAAGGUCGUCAUCCCGAGAGGCAUGAUUAGGUUGCCUGUGCAAACAGACUCAGAAGUGGUAGAAGUGAACUUCAUUGUCGUAGAUGCAUACUCCCCUUACACAGCUAUCGUGGCCCGGCCAUGGCUUCAUGCACUAGGGGCUGUGUCGUUAACCUUGCACCAAAAGGUGAAAUAUCCGUCAGGAGGUCAGAUCAAAGAGGUGAACUGUGAGGAGUUGGAGAAAGUACUUGUCGGAUCUGACCCUGAGAGGUUUUUUCAAAUUGGUUCGGAAUUGCCGCCCCAAGAGAAGUCAGCACUGACUGCUUUCCUCCGACAGAAUAUAGAUGUAUUUGCUUGGGACCCCUAUGAGGCCCCCGAGGUCGACCCAGAUUUCAUCUGCCACCACCUUAAUGUGAACCCGGCUAUAACACCUAAGAGGCAGGCUCCUUGA